AUGACCGAAACCCGGAUGUCCGAAUUCUACGAUGUUUUCAAGGACUGUGUUGUGGAGAGCAAACGAAUGAAAUUUAUUGAAGAGUUGGGGGAUGUUCGAGAUUUCGAUAUGGACCUGUUCAAGAAGAUGUGAGUUUUUGGUUUGAGAUUUUGUUCGGAUUUUAGGUAUGAUCGGGUGGAUCAAUAUAUUUUGAUGAAUUUGGAGGGAACACUAGCUGAUUUUUGUUGCAUAGCCUUGUAAAUGAACUCAGCAAAGCUAUGCGUUUUGAAAUUUUGAAAGCGUUUGCCUGGUUGCAUCAAUUUUUGUAAUCUAUAUUGUUCAUGAGCCAUGCAACUGAAUUUUUUUUAGGCCGAGGUUUCUUCACCAGAAACUAUCAGUUAGACGGAGAGACAAGAUGAAUUUGGUGGUUCUUGAAGCUUUUAUGGAUAAUUAUUCAAGGCUGGAAAGGUUUUCCAGGUACAAACGGUGUUGUGAUCUUAUCUAUGGUGAGUUUGAUCGUAUUUUUCAUUAUUUCUUUUUUUUAGAUGAGGGGCGCGGGGCGUUUGAAGCGUACAAGAUUUUUAUGGUAAGUAACAGCUGUUUCAAUCUGCUGCUCUGUUAUUUUUAGGCAUUGUGAGCACUUUUGUCGUCUUUUAUUUUCGGCUAUGUACAAUACAAUUUUUUUCAGAGCCUGUCAAGUCGCUUUCGCAAUGCUUUGUUGUGUCGCUUGCAUGGUUCUGACAUCAUUAUGGAAAACACAACAAUUAUUUCCUGUUGCAAGAAUGUCACGGUCCUCUUCAGCGGCUCCGUUGCCCAAUUUCUUGAUUUUUAUCUACACUUUCCGUUCGAAGUUAAGAAUGCCUAUUUGAAAUGUAAUUGCAAGGUGUCGAGACCGGUUCGGAUUCCACGUGAGGCAGAAUGUUUGUAUAGUAAGAAAAAAUUCGCAACCAUUUAAUAUUGUACUAGGCGUUUGCAUCGACGAGUUCCGUAUGCUUGUAUCGGCGUGCGAGAUUUUGGGUUUUUUGGGAAAUGUGGAGACAGUUAGGAUCAAAUCCCGAUGUAUCAGGGGCCUCCGUGGCCAAAUGGAAGUGGAUAAACUGAUUUUGACGGACCGGCACGGACCUGCGGUUGCCAUGAAAAUGGAAGGGGAUGUUUUGAAGAUUGUGAAUAACUGGGAUGUCAAUUUUCAGGUGAUAUUGAAGUAAGCUACUGAUAAUUUAUGGCCGUUUACCGAUUUUGUUAUAUUCUCCUUGAUUAAUUGUUGUUGCUUUUAGAAAAAUCAAGAUCAAGGGCCAACCCAAGAGGCUUAAUAUGCGUUUUUCGACUUGUAAAGACCGUUACCUGGCCGCCGGCGUCUGCAAACCAUUCAAAAAGGUGUUUAAACAACUGGAAGAAGUGAAUCUUGUAUACACGGUGACUGUAAGUUCCUUUGGGUUUUAUUAUUCCUAAUUUAGACCAGAUUUCCUGAAAUUGCCUUCGAUGGACUCUUCAGAGAGGCAGAAGAACUUGCCGAAGGCGAUCUUCGAGUGAACUUCCGAAUACGGCAUGUUUACAAUAUUUUGACCCCUAUGAAUGGAGUCAGGCAUGUGUUCGUUACCGUUGGCCGAAUUUUCAAGACCAACUUCAUCAGACUCGCCGAUAGGGAGGGCUGUGGCUUUGCAUUCGACUUUACCGACAGAAACUUGACUAUACAUUUCUGUUCUGGAGAACUUAAUAACUGCGGAUUGAGGAGGAAUGAAGGAGAAUAUGACGGAGAACUUGCAGAUUCCCAGAACAAUCACGACGACUCGUCUUCGGAUGGUGACGAAAUGUAA